UCUCCCACUGUCUUUAUUUAGCUCUGUACUGGGAUUAUCAAUAUCUUUAAAAUCGCCGCUUAAAAUCUGUGUGCUUUGUGAAUAUGUUAUCCCAUGUGUUUGAUGUAUAAUUGCUUAUAAAGAUUGGCUGGAGUUCAUGCAGUGGUUCUACUGUAUGUUUACAUGCUCCGAGCAUUUCGGAAACAGCAGACUGUCACUAGGGUGCACUGCUGUGAUAUUUCUGUAGUGGUGUGUCCAUGCCGAUCGGAGUCAGCAUCUUCCUCUUCUGUUCAGUUUGGAUAACUAUGGCCCAGCUUUUGGCACAAGAAGAAAAAGAAAAAACGACUGCACUAAAAGAUUUAUUGUCCAGGAUAGAUUUAGACGAGCUGAUGAAAAAAGACGAACCUCCACUCAAGUUUCCCGAAACUCUUGACGGAUUUGAAUAUGCUUUUAAUGAAAAUGGUCAAUUAAGACACACAGAAACAGGAGAGCCGUUUGUCUUCAACUACAAGGAGGACCUGCAUAGAUGGAAUCAAAAAAGAUAUGAAGCACUGGGAGAGAUCAUUACAAAGUAUGUUUAUGAACGAUUGGAGAAAGACUGCAACCUGAAGAGAGAGACCCUUCCUGUUGAUGCAGAUGAGGAUGAACCAAAAAGCUUUAUUUAUGUGAGCGAGGAUGCCCUCACUAACCCAGAGAAGCUCAUGAUUCUGAUCCAAGGUAGUGGAGUGGUGAGGGCAGGCCAAUGGGCUCGACGCCUAAUCAUUAAUGAAGAUCUCAACAGUGGGACGCAGAUCCCUUUCAUUAACCGUGCCAAAGAGGAGGGCUACGGGGUGAUUGUGCUGAACCCCAACGAGAACUCUCUGGAGGUGGAGAAGAUUCCGGAUCCAUCCAAGAAUCCAUCCCCAGACACCUCCGAUGAGCCGGCUGAAAAGAGAGAGAGGAAGGAAGAGAGGGACAGCAAGAAAAAGAAGGACUUAUAUGAGAAGUAUCGCAAUCCACAGAGGGAGCAGGAGACAGAGCACAUCCCGAUACGAGAAAACAGCACUCCAGAGGAGCACACUCUGUAUGUGUGGGACCACUUCAUUUCCAAGUCACUUGCCAAAAACAUCUACAUUGUGGCGCACAGUUACGGCGGCUUGGCAUUUGUGAAUUUGAUGAUUCAGCGGGAACCAGAGGUGAAGAAUCGUGUUCGUGCAGUGGCCAUGACUGACUCUGUCCAUAACGUCUGGCACCAGGAGGCCAACAAGUCCAUUCAAGAUUGGCUCAGAGAGCACUGCUGUAACUGGGUGUCGAGUCCUGAGCCCCUGGACACUCUGGUGGACCCCAUGCUCACCGACUGCCCUCGUGUUUCAGCCGGUACUGAGAAGCAUGAGUUAACAUCAUGGAGGAGCUUCCACUCCAUCUUCAAGUUCUUCUGCAAUGCCCUGAAGGAUCAUGAGGACGAGACCUCCUCAAGCCCAGUUACCACACGCAGCUCCCAUCGUAUGAAGAAUGAAGACUUAUAGAAGAACAUCAAAAAAACAUAAAGAGCAUAUGCUCUCACCCUCGUUCCCUUCUUUUUACCUCUAUCUUCUAUAUGAAAAAUAUUCCUCCUUGAAGCCCUCCUCCCAGCGUAUUGUCUGACUCUGAGGAGUGCAGGGUCAGCCUGUAUACAUUAGAAUAGUGUUUUGCAUUACUUCUGGAUGAGUGCAACUGUCAAAGCAAUAUGGCUUCACUGCUUGUGCCUCCUGUGGGCCUCUGUGUGGAUUUGGUGGUGGCCAGAUUAAGGCUGACAGGUGGCGCCGCACACUGCCUCUUGAUGCACCUCUAAUUAUCCUGACAUUGUCCUGAAUUGAGCUAAUGCCUGGGAAGCACCUACACAUACAUGUCGCACAGGUCCUAGUGCCUGCCUUUUGUUCUUUGUUUUCAUCUAGUAUUUUCUUUGACUCUCAUGAAUUUCUAUUACUGGAGUCUUAAGGAACAUAGUAUUUCAGAUGCCAAAGGCUUUCAGGUUGCUUGUUUCAUACAUAUAACGACACUUUAACAGGAACAAGGCAACAUGCAGACCCACACAUUCACUGAAUGGCUAUUUUAAGACUAGAUUAAGAAUGAACACAAUGAAGUAAGCCAUUGACAGCAUGACGGACGUAAAGAAUCCUCCUGUUUUUAAAUCCCUUAAAACCUUGUGUGAGCAUGAAUUUGAGGAAUAUCUCCCUAACAGAGCAGAUAUGUCAGUUCAGCGGUCUGGGAGUAUCUGUGUAGCCCUUCUUGUCAGGGAGAUUUAAUGCCAUCCAAAGUAUAAAAGCCUUUCCUUAGAUGUUUGGCCAUAUAACUUGCCCUUAUUUCAGAGCUCAUGACUAUUCAGCCUCAUGUUUUAAUGCCUCAUUGUCAUCUUCUGCUAAUGCUAAAGUACAUGUUAUGUAACUGUCUCUGCAAAGACAAGAGACAUUGUCUUCAGGACAAUAUGGUAUUAGUGGAGGCUUAAAGAUAUGUCACUCUGACAUGUCAACAGAUCACUCUGUUUUUAGUUUGGAAAUUAAUCUCCCAGUUAAGUCUUUUUAGAAAUAAAAAAAUGUGCCAUUCGAUAGUAUUAAUGUGGGCAAUUUCUCAUUUAUUUAUUUUUUUCCGAGAAGAAAUUCAAGUAAUUCCAGACCUCAGAUUCUAUACUGUUUUUCCUUGAAACUUUUUACAUUUGAUUUGGAUUUAAACUUUUAAAAUACCUGCAAAUAAUGAUUAGAUUGCUAAUAAUGAACUGAAUUUUUCUUUGACUGUCUGUCCAGCACAUAAUAGAUUAGUUCAAACUGUUCAACUCCAGUCCCAAUAUUGUCCCUUAAAGGAAUAAACACACAAUGUUCGUCUUUACUUGAUUUUAUUUUGUCUAGUGUAGAAUGACAAGCCAUAUGUGAAUAUGUCGCUCGUGGUAAAUGCAGCCUUAAACCAAAUUGAAAAUAAUUGAUUUAUAAAUUAGGACUAUUCAUAUUUUUUAUCGAAUAGUUGCGUUUUUAUUGAGAAAUUCUCACUCUGAAGGGAUGUUUGCUGAGCAACUGAAAUUAUUGUCCUUUAUGUAAGAUGUUUGUGAGUUUAAUCUGCCAUUGGCUUUAUUUGCUUUCGCGGUUGGGACGUUUUUAACGAGAUUUUAACGCUAAUUUAAUUUUCCUGGGUGAUCGUUGAUAAAUCAGUGCAAAAUGUUCAUCUUGCUUCUUUGAAUGUUUUUCCCCGAUCACUAUCGUUCACUUCAUUUCCAUGUUAUUUGAGUGUAAUAAUGAUCUCCAAUAAUGCUGUUAUAAAAUAAAAAUCUUUAUGAAAUGAUGCUGUUGGUC